AUGGAAAUGUUUUUGGGCUGCGGCAUUCGCAACCCAACCGAGGGACACGACUGCAACCCCACCUGCAAGCUGUGCGGCCAGCCGCACCACACCGGUGACAUAACCUGCAAGGAGAUCUUCAGAACCCCAUACAUCAUUAAGAAACGACAAUGGGAGAAGCUCCAGCAACAGGAGGAGGAGGAGAAGAAGGUAUCAGAACAUCGCAGCAGGCAAGACGAGAGCAAGACGCGGGCCCCGAGCAAGGAGCGACCCCGGUCCACAUCCUUCCCGAGGCUACCAGAGCAGGCCACUACAACCCCGCCCAAGAAGCAAGGGGCACAGCAGGUCACCCCCACCCCACCCAAUAAGCAAGGGGCACCACCCACCAAAAAGUUCCUCCUUUAUGACAGCCGUGAUGAGUUCUCGCAAGGCGCCGACUUCGUUGCCGAAGACGAGCUUCUGGCGAACGUAAAGAGGAAAGAUUCUACGUACGUGCUGGCCGAUGGCAUCACAGCGCCAACAUUCAACCGCAUAAGGGACCAGAUCAAUGUGAAGGGCUGGCUUGCGGCGAACGUCGUGGACAACUUUACAUGGGUUUCGAGCUAUGAGGAAGGCUCAGAACUUCGCUACGCAGACCGCGCCAUUUCCCCGGAAAACAUUGCCUUCAUCAGCCACACGUCUGGAACGACCAGUGUUUCCAAAUCAAUCGAAGUCACGCAACAAAGCUUCAUCGCGCAAAUAUGCUGCCGCGAUGGCCUGCGCCUACCUUCGGAGAACGACGUUUUGCCCACACACCGCAGCAUUACGUACUUCUUUGGCUUUUCCCACGCUUUCUUCAUGGUUUGCUGCGGCGGCAAGGUUGUAUUGCUGGAUUCUGGGGAAAUCCCUCAAAUAGUCGAUGCCUUGAUAUCUCAUAAUGUUACAUCUAUAACUGGAAAUCCUCGAGGAUUUUUUGGUAUCACCGAACAUGUGAAACUGAGGGGCAACAAGCUCCCGUCAUUGAAAAAGGUGAUUUCACUGGGCGUCAAGCUUCCGGCCGAUAUUGCGAUGUCCGUAGCGUCUUUCUUUAACCUCGAGGAGCUGCGUGAUGGUUACGGGAUGACAGAGGUCAGCGGAUUUUUAACCAUCACUCCCGCUAGAGAGAUCGCCAGUGGUGACGUCGGCUUUCCCGUUCCAGGAUCACGAAUGAAGAUUGUUGACGUCGAAACCGGGGAAUCUCUUGGGCCAAUGCAAUGCGGCGAAAUUCUGUUCCACACACCAUACCUGAUGCACGGCUACUACAAGAACGUCGAAGCUACUGCUGAGCGGAUUGACAAAGAUGGAUGGUUGCACACAGGCAAACAUUCUUUUGCAGUAUUCGGAAAUAUAAUGAGUUGA